CUCUAUCAUCCCAUCAUGCCAGACCUCCACUCCCUCCCCACCGGCUCCCGUCCCGAACACGCCAUCCGCAACAACGGCCCUUGCGACCUCGCCUUGGAGCGCUACCUGCUCCGCGAACUCGCCGAAGGAUGGCCCUGCUACCGCGACGCCUGCGAAUGGGAGAACCUGCGCUCCAUCUUCCACCCAGAAGCCCACAUCUAUACCACCUGGACGGGACUAACACACCACCGCUCAUUCAUCGAAGCCUCGCAGGCCGGCAUGGACAAGGGGGCAUUCAUCAUGCACCGCAUCCACGGCAGCACGACGGACAUCAACCCCGAGGGUACCCGAGCAGUUACUAAAAUGAAAGCCACUAUUACGCAGCGAUUCAACAACCUACCCUGUGUGUCUGGGGGAGUCUGCGAAGCAGACGCCGAAAGUGAUUGCCGGUUUAUCUUUUUCUGGCAGAAGAUGGCUGGUCCGGAGUAUCCGGAGCUGGAGGGGCAGUGGAGGGCGUAUUUUGUACGUCAUUGGUAUGAGAAGGAUAAGUUGAUUGCGGUGACGCCAGAUCGGGUGCCGGUGUUGGAUCAUCAACGGUUGCAGAAUUAUCCUCCGGGGUAUCGCCAUCUGGCGUAUUUGCAGGAGGAGACGAUGGGGGUCAAGGUGUUGUUGGAUUUACCGGGACAUCGACGUGAGGGGGGGAGUGUGAAUGGGAAAAAGCAUGAUUUGUUGUAUUGGCAGGCUAAGGAGUGGGUUGAGGGGGGGGAGUUGGAGAUGUAG